GUUUGAAUGGACUGCGGCUGACGGUUCAAAGGACAACGACUUUUCAGUGUAUUUUGAGGGGAUUGAUGUGCAUCCUCACGGGCCAUGGGUUCUCUUCCUGGCUGGACUUAUGCGAAGCCGUCUGGAAUUGUGGAACUACGAAGAUGGGACACGUGUGGCCUCCUGGCAGAUCCGCGAGGAGGGGUCGCUUUGCGAUGUCAAGUUCAUUCCACAGACAGAUUGGAUUGUGAUAACAUCUGGUUCGGACGAGGCCUUGGUUUAUGAUGUCCAAACAUCUGGUUCAGACGCCUUGUUUUAUGAGGUGCAAGGUUCAAAUCUGCAUCUCAUCAAAAGAAUGAUGGUAGAGUACCCUUCACUGGAUGAGCAGUAUAACAGUCCUGCGGUGCAGAUCGCCGUCCAUUCCAGCUUACCGUACAUCUUGACCUCUUUUGGAAGACUCGUGGUUCUGUGGGACUGGGCAGAAGACUGGGAGACGAUUACAUUCAAGGGUCGCAAUAAGGAUGGACCAUGUGCAACUGCGGUGGCCUUCCAUCCGACGGACUCAAAUAUCUGCUCUAAUCUUGUUGUUGCUCUUCGUGAUCAGGGCAAGUUCUUCGUUCUGAAAAUCGUGACCAAAGGAGAAAACAAGGGUAGCAAAGAGGGGAUGCAAAUGGCAUCGGUCUCUGCAAAGAGGUCCCGGACGGCGACUGUCACACCGAUUACCACCGCUGUGGACGAGCCAGCAUCCGUGUCGAAGAAAACAGUAGUGGAGGUGAAAGCCGAAGCGGACUGUGACUCUCCAGAGUGGGAGAAGAGAAUUCAACAGGUGAUGUCUGACCUGGAGCUGAAGCACAUGGAAGCAGUGAAGGAACUUAGAGAAGAGCAUUCAGAGAGGGUCCAGAAGCUUGAGGUGAGACAUUUGAAGGCAGAGAAGAGGGUCCAUAAGCUUGAAGAUCAGGUAAGAAAUCUGAGGGCAGAGAGGGAACAAUGGCAGAGAGAAGAGGGGAGUCAUAGUGGAAGAUCUGGAAGCGCUAGACUACGAGGGUAUCUGUAGCAUGCUGGGCCCUCUACACGGGCCCUCUUUGGGGCCCGACAGUUGUUCUAGGCCCCCAGGCCGCACACCCACUU